AUGAGAACCGUAUUUGCAAAAUUCAAAAAGUACAAGAACAAUAUCCAAGGUACGGUCGAGGCUUGUGUGAAAGCAGCUGAGGACAAAGAUCGAUACUUCCACGCCUUCUCGCGUGUUCCCUUAGACCUCCUGCUGGUGAUGGGUGAUCUUAACGCCAAGGUGGGCUCAGACAACUUGAAUUUUGAAAGAGUCAUGGGAAAAGAAGGAUGUGGAGUGCAGAAUGACAAUGAAGAGAGGCUGGUAGAAUGGUGUGCAUUUAAUAACAUGAUCAUCGGCGGAACCUUAUUCCCGCAUCGCAACAUUCACAAACUCACCUGGACAUCCCCAAAUGGGCGGGAUCAAAACCAAAUAGACCACCUAAUGGUUAACAGCAUGUGGCGCAUCUCCCUGCUUGACGUAAGAGUAAGAAGAGGGGCUGAUGCAAGCAGCGAUCACCAUCUUGUGACUGCAAAGGUGAGAUUGAAACUGAGAGCAGCUGGACCAAACAAACAACGCACUCCUAGAUAUGACAUCAGCAGAUUACAAGACCAAAGGACUAAGAAUGCUUUUGUCCUACAGCUGAGGAACAGGUUCCAAGCCUUGAGUAAUAUAGACGAGCAAAGCAUUGAUGAAGAGGAAGACACUGUAAAUCAACAGUGGAAGCAAGUGAAGAACAUAUUUGAUGAAGCGAGUAAAACCUGUCUGGGGAUGCAAAAGACGAGAAAGAAGAAAGAGUGGAUUACACCAGACACGUGGCAGGCUAUCGAGGAGAGACGCCAGCUGAAGAAGAAG